CUGAUCUACAAUGAAUGUCGUAAGAAAUUUAACCAAUCAUGUUCGCUUUUCUUCUCUCUUUCUUCUCUAAGAUCAACUAUGAUUGGCUAGAUUUCUUACGACGCGACUUACAACAUCUAUUGUAGACCAGGCCUACCGCCGAGUCCGUCGACUGCUUGCGACUUGCGACUUGCGACUGGUCCGACUCGUUUCCCCGCACGACCCCGUCCAUGCCGUCCAUGGGCGACGCACGCUCUCUUGCGCAUAAUAUGAAUCAGUUCUUCUGGCGCACCGUUACGAGGUGUGGAGUGGAGUCGUCGCUCCCGUCGCCGUCGCCGCUGCCGCCACCGCCGCGCCGCCGCCGCCGCCGCCGCCGCUGCUGCUGCCGCCGCUGCUGCUGCUGUCGCUCGUCGUCGUCACGCGAGUGUGAACGCUCGUCAUUUGGUCAUUAGUUAAUAACAGCAUUCCACUGAAGCGCCGUCCGUUCUGUGCCUGUUCGAACGCGUAGUAUAUGUCGUAGCGAGGUAAAGAGGAUUCCGCUGAUCUCACGACGGACGCGGUGUACCGCGAAUUACGCGGUGAGCCGCGACACGCGUUUCCCUGUGCGCGCGUGACGAGUAAUGAUCGAGUGAACAAGCGUGCGGUGUACACGGGGGGACGCUCCUGCCGACGACAACCGCGGCGACAACGCAUUCGCAGGCCAUGGAAAGCCUAUGAGGGCGGCACAUCGCCGGGAAUCGGGAGGGGGGUGCCCCCCGUCGACAAGGGGUGGUUGACGCCACGCGCUACGCGAAAGGGACGAGGACGACGACGCAAGAAGCGCGUGCAGUUAGAGGCUGUAGGGUAGCGGCGGGAAAGGGCUUGGCCUGGCCACCACCACCGGGAGCAGCGAGAGGCGGACGUCGACGGCUACGCUCGCCGACGACGCGCGCACACCCGCACGCCUCUUUCACCGUCCCGACCGGCUUUUACGACCGCCAUGUUAUCCUGGAGCGGCUACGCUACAUCGUUGGCACCGCUGCUCGUGUGCCUCCUCGUGCUUCGCGCGGCCGGCGUUGAUGAAUCUGAUAUAGAUAAACCAGGAGCAGCAACGGAGUCGAAGUCCGAGCGGACCGCGUUGUUAGAAAUUCGAUCGUCGCAGGAUAUCGAGGGUAUAGAGGCAGACAGCACGCCGUCAUUAUUAUGCAAGCUCAACGUGCCGGGUCAGGUCUGGUGGAGCACCAACAGCAGGAAUCUCACGACCAUCAAGGAUUUUGAGCACGGUGGACGACUCGACAUAAAGAAGGCCAGCAGAAACGACACAGGCGACUACAAGUGUUCCGCGCAGACUGCCCAUGGCGAAUUUCUCGAGAAAAACAUUCAUAUCAGAGUGAUAGAACCUGGUAAAGUGGCAUCAGGCGGCGACGUGAAGGCAAGAGUGUCGGAGACAGCCAACUUGACGUGCCACAUACAUGGUUAUCCAUUAUCUCAAUUUACUUGGUUAAAAGGAAAUGAUUCGAACAGCAACGAACACUUAAAAGAUCUCACUGUUGUCGCGCAAAUAAACGAGACUUAUUCCGUCUUGAUCCUGGAAUUCAAGAGUCUGACGCGCAAAGACAAUGGUACGUACGUGUGCCAGGCGAGCGACUAUAAUGGGAUAGUGAAUGCCCUGACGCAUUUAUUCGUCACCGACGUGCCGAAAGUCAGCAUAGAUUUCAUGAAAGCGGUUGGAGCCGGCAGUAUAUUUCUAAAUUGGACUGUUAACGACGGUAACGAACCGAUCAAGAAAUAUUUCAUUCAGCAUAUGAAGAACGGUACGGAUCAACGCCAGUACUAUGCCGAGCAAAUUGGCGGUGGUAACUCAAGUUAUGUUCUCAAGGGAUUCGAGAGUGGCACCGCGUAUCAAAUCGGUAUCAGCGCUAUCAACGCGGUAGGCACAUCGCACAUGCAGUUAGAUCCACGUUGGAUCACUACACUUGAAAAAGAUCCGGUAUUUGUGCCGAAAGUGUCCGUGAAUGGUGUGACGGAGAAUUCCAUCACGAUAGGUUGGACAGUGCCGCCGUUGGAUUUGAAGGAACAUGUGCACUAUUACAAUUUGAUGGCUACUCACGACGAUCAAAAAAGAGAGGCAGUGUAUCCCGCUCAGCCGUUUACUGUGUAUGCGUUUGUGGAUCUCGAUCCAGCCACCACGUACAAAUUUAAAAUAGCCGCCUGUAGCGAGUACACGAAAUUGUGCGGCAAUUGGAGUGCCGAGGUAAACGGCACAACUCUGGACGGAGUGGCAAGUCCUCCAAAGAAUCUCAUCGUUAUCUGUCGUUAUAACAAUAUAAGCAGCUUUAGUUUCAUGUCUAUCACGUGGACGCCCCCAGAUAAACCGAAUGGCAUUAUACAGCGUUAUAAUAUACAACUAAAUGGUGUAGCGAGAUUUAAAAAUGAUAUGGGACGUUUGGACAUCCACAGUUUUGAACCGCCAAGUUGGAGCGUCUAUAAGAGGAAUACCACGCAUUACAAUAAGUUACCUCCCAAUACGAAUUAUACGGUUCGAGUGCACGGAGUGACGAGGUCUCGCACUCCUGGCAAAGACGCUGUAGGAAAUUGCACGACGCCAGUCGCGGUUCCGGAUCGCGACAACAUGAACAUGCGCAGCUGGCGCAAGAUCGAGAGUCAAGGUAGACAGUUGUUCAAACUUUAUUUACCGCGCAUUUCCGAGCGAAACGGUCCGAUUUGCUGCUACCGCGUUUACUUGGUAAAACUGCCGCCGCACAAAACGGUCAGCGAUCUGCCGCCACCUGAAGAAAUUCCAGUAUACUCCUACCAAUACGCACACAGCUCAACUAACGGUGGUGCCUACGUUGCCGAAACAUUCGACAGCGAUCAGUUGUCAACCGAGAUCUUCCUUGGUGACGGCGAGUCGUUUAACGGCGGUGCCAUGUGUGACAAAUGUAUCGGUCUGCGACCUAAACCGGCGCCGCCGUUGCUGCACUUUGUACCGGAAAUCCCGUCAACAACCACUUCGACCUCCGGUAACAAGAGUAGUACCGUUAUCAGUAUGACAAUGACUACAUCGGUGCCGACUGUGACAACUGCGAACAAUAGUGAUAGCAGCAUAGCUAUUAGCUUGUUUACUGCAUCGACAAUGAACACCGCUAGCACCGCGGAAAUUGAUGACACGACUACAGCUGUACCUGUGAUUAUUAAUGCCACGGAAAAGUUGGAGAGACGGAAGAGAGAUGAUGCGUCUCUGCAAAAGGCUUCUAUAGAUGGAUCCGGGGAGUUUGGCGUGUUAUCACCUUACGAUGGUUUUCUCGACGGAACAUCGAACUACACUGGUUUCAUUGAAGUUAUCGUGUUUGGUGAGAAAGAUCAGCUACCGGCUUACAGCAGUUACUUCAGUCCUCUCUAUGGCGGAGUAGAUCCUCUCACUGUAACGGCUACAGAGGCGAUUACUAUCAGAGAAAUGAUAAUACAGCUCUUUAUUGCUCUGAUUUUAACGCUCACAAUUCUAUUUAUUGCGCUUUGUGUGUUGUAUAGAUUUACGAAACGUGCGCAAGAUAGGGAAGAAGUUAUAACACUGCGCAAUAGUUUUAGACAUCUCUGUAGGAGUUUGAGAGGCAGGCAUCAGCUUGUAGCGGCAAGUCCACCGGAUAUGCCGCCCAUACCCAAAGGUGAACUACUACAGGCUUACUUGGAACGUCAUCGAGAUUCAGACUAUGGUUUUCAACACGAGUUUGAGUUGCUACCCGACCGAUUCGCGGACAGAACGACGCGUGCGUCCGAGGCGCAGGAGAAUCUUUACAAAAAUCGCUAUCCAGAUAUCAAAUGUUACGAUCAGACGAGAGUGCGUUUGGCUCAGAUAGACGGUAUUUGUGGCUCCGAUUACAUCAAUGCUAACUUUGUGCUAGGUUACAAGGAGCGCAAGAAGUUUAUCUGUGCUCAGGGACCAAUGGAGAACACUGUGUGUGACUAUUGGCGCAUGAUCUGGGAACAGCAUCUCGAGUUAAUUCUUAUGCUAACGAAUCUCGAGGAAUACUCCAAGACCAAAUGCGCUAAAUACUGGCCGGAUAAGCGCGAGACUAAGAACUUUGGCGACAUUACGGUGGAGCACGUGAAGGAGCGCGCUUACUCGGACUACGUAGUGCGCGAGCUGAAGAUGACACGGUUGGGCGAGCGUGAUACUCGCACAAUCGUGCAAUACCACUUCCUUGUAUGGAAGGACUUCGUCGCUCCUGAGCAUCCACAUGCGAUUCUGCGUUUCAUCAAACGCGUUAACGAAGCGUACUCGCUCGAAAAAGGACCGAUCUUGGUGCACUGCAGCGCCGGUGUAGGUCGCACUGGCACACUCGUCGCGUUGGACUCGCUGCUGCAACAGCUAGCCGAUGAGGGUCAAGUGUCCAUCUUCAACACUGUGUGCGACCUGCGGCACAUGCGUAAUUUUCUUGUGCAAUCGCUCAAACAAUAUAUUUUCAUCUAUCGCGCGCUUAUGGAGAUGGCACAGUACGGUGAUACGGAGAUCUCGGCGUCGCAGCUUAAAUCUAUGAUUGCCAAACUGAGACAGAGGGAUAAUGGAAAGGAGAAAUGUAGAAUGGAGGAAGAGUACGAUAAAAUCAGUUCCGUAUUGGAAGAUCGGAAAUCCUUUUCUGUUGGUGGCGGAGAGGAAAAUAGAUCGAAGAAUAGAAGCGAAUUGGUGAUACCGUAUGAUAGAAAUCGCGUAAUACUCACUCCGGUUCCGGGAAAAGAACACUCAACAUACAUAAACGCAUCGUUCAUCGAAGGCUACGAUAAUUCUGAGUCAUUUGUCAUUACCCAGGAUCCAUUAGAAAUCACUGUACCAGAUUUUUGGCGAAUGAUUUCGGAACAAUGUAUUUCUACAAUAGUUAUGUUAUCUGACUUGAACGAAGGCCCGCGAAAGUGUCCACGCUACUGGCCCGACGAUGAGACUGAUUACGAUCACAUAAGGGUCCGUUACAUCCAUAGCGAGAGUUGUCCGUACUACACACGUCGUGAGUUUUGCAUUUUGAAUACGAAGACUGAUGAGAGCGGAGUCGUGAAGCAGUAUCAGUAUCACGGCUGGCCGACGGUGGAGGGUGAAGUACCUGAAGUGACGCGCGGUCUCAUCGAGUUAGUAGAUCAGACGUUGACGAACGACACCGAAACGAGCGGCUCGUUGGUUGUACAUUGCAGCUACGGAUCUGAUCGAAGUUCCAUGUUUGUAGCGCUUAGCAUACUGGUUCAACAGCUACGCACUGAGAAGCGCGUAGAUAUUUUCACAACGACCAAAAAGUUGCGCUCUCAGCGACAUGGCAUGAUUAGCACUUUUGCACAAUAUGAAUUUCUUCAUCGUGCCAUUGUGAAUUAUUCGGAUCUUCACAAUUUGGCGGAUGACGAGACGCCAUCAUAAUGCUCGAAAUAAGAGUGAGACUAAAUUGUUUUAAAUUAAAUUGUUUGGGUGGAUAUGUGCAUGAAAAAGUUCCAUGAGUGUUCGAAGAUUGAAUAAAAAUUCGAACAAGCGUACAUUACUCCAACCAAAGAUGAACAAACAUCGAUAAAGAAUCAUGUCAUCAUCAUUACUAUCAUCAUCGUCAUCGAGAAGACAAGCAGAUCGCGAUACACAAUCGCGGAUUUAAAGACUUAUUUGUAUAUAAUAUGUCUGCAAAUAUUAUGUACUGACUAUAAGUUAAGUGUGAAAGAGAAUUGAUUGGCGAUCAACUUGAAAUUAAUUCAUCAUGGAUUUACAAUAUCGUGAGAACAUCGCAAAGUGCAGUGUGUGACGUUAUAAAAUCGUUACAUAGAACCUUAUUUUUAUUAAUAAUCUAAUGAUUCAGCCGCAGCGUAAUAUGUAUCUACAGUGACAAAAAAUUUUGAUAUUCAACAUUGAACAAAUAAGGAUAAGGAGGGUUUUGUUCGUAUCCUCCGUAUGGCUGUACAGCGAAAGACUAGCGCAGGAAGGAACGAAUGUACUUCUAUAGGUAUGGCAAUUCAUUUUUCUGACAACUAUAUAGAUACGCGGGCUAUAAUUCCAAAUCAUUUUGCAAUUCUUAAAUCGCAAUUGAAAUUGAGUGAUGAAGAGCUCGAUAUUACAAUUAUUCGCACAUUUCAAGGACUGAUCGCGGAAAUUUCCGCAAGGUUUUAAUUAAUACGCAUUAUCCUAGUGUUUAUUACAGGAUGUUUUGUUUCGAAGUCAGCAAGAUGAAGAUAAUCUAAAAUGUAAUUUUACCCAGUAAAAAUCAACUAAUAGUAAUAGUAACAUUGAUGUUAUAAUUUCACAUUCAACAAUGUAACUGUUAUUACAUUUACAUAUUAUUACAUGCUGUUAUUACAUUUACAUUGCUAAGUAUGAAAUUAACAUUGCUGUUAGUUGGUAUUUAUUAAGUUUCCUGCAAUUAGCAAACUACGACGGUCUGAUUCGAAGCAUUCAGAACACACUUAUAAAGAUAUCUGUGCGCUUUUUCUAUCUUUAUUGUUCAUUAGAUAUAAAACAAGGAUCGACAAAAAAGCGCGCUAACAUUUUUAUAAGCAUGUUCUGGGCUUACGAAUAUAAUUGCUAUAUAAUGGAUGUAAAACUUACAUUUAUGGUAUAUUAUAGCAAUUAUAUUUGUGUUUGCUAGACUUUAUUUACGAAGAGAUCUCUUCGGAAGGAAGCGUCUUCCGCGAUGACGCAAGAUAUCGCUGCUUUACGAUCUGUCAUAACGAUAAUAAUAGCAAUUAUGCGUUGCGUAUAUUUUUAUGUUCUCUGAUAAUAUAUUAUCAUGAUAAUAUAUCGUGUUAUUAUUACUAUGUAUUAUGCGGUUUCUCUUCUAAAAAGAAGAAAAGACUGAUAGUUUUAUUUAGUUCAAAAUAUACUGAGCAACAAAAUUAACGCAACAAAAAUUUAUACCAAAAUUUCACUUAACUUCAAAUAAUCGUAACUUCGCGAAAACUUAUCGUAUUGGAAAGUUUUUUUGCAUUUUAAAGCUUGAAGUCUUAACUUUAAAGAGCAUUUGUCAGAUUUUGAUCCUCUCCUUUUUCCUUUUUGACAUUUCUUCAAAAAUAAGAACGUGUUUUAUCUUCAAAAAUUUUCAUACUUUGACGUGCUUUAUGGGGUGCAGUAAGUUUUCUCGUAAACGUCAUAAGAAUUAUCAUAAAGUAUAUACUUUUCCCUACAAAUUGAAAAAAAAUUUGAAGUUUGUACGAUUUUUUUUGCGUAGUUAUGAUAUAUCAAAGUUACCUAUGCAUUUUAAUGUGUUUAUAUGGCUAUUGCCAGCAUUAGCCUUUCUCGAUGCGCACUAUGAAGAGAUUGCAGAUUUUGCGCACGUAUGCGUGCGCGCGCGUGUGCGUAUGUGUGUAUGUGGCAUGUUGGAUGAACGAAAUGAAAAAAUAUUGCCUGGAAGAAAUACAUGUGUUUUACUUCUUCAUCUUUGAAUGACUUUUUGAAGAUGCAGAAUGCAGAAUUUAAUUACAUUCUGUAGAAUUUCGUGCUAUAUGCGUUGUAAUGCCAUCUUCAGUUGCUAUCUUUAUGUAAUAUUUUCUUCCGUCCAACACACACACACACACACACACACACACACACACACACACACACACACACACACACAAUGCGCAAAAUCUGGCCAGCAACCUUCUCAUGCUGCGCAUUGGGUAAUGCUAAUGCUGGCGGUAACAGGCAUAAGACUAAAAUGCAUAAAUAACUUCUAUAUAUCAUAACUCCGCUAAAAAAAAUAAUACAAACUUCAAUUUUUUUUCACUUGUAGGGAAAAGUUCAUAUUUUACGAUAAUUCUUAUGAAGUUAACGAAAAGACAAAAAUUCAUUGCAGCCUGUAGAGCGAGUCAAAGUAUGAAAAUUUUUGAACACAAAACACGUUCUUACUUUUAAAGAAAUGUCAAAGAAGGAAAAGGAAAGAAUCAAAAUCUGACAAAUGCUCUUUAAAGUAGAGACUUCAAACUUAAAUUGAAAAAAAAAAAAAACUUUUUAAUACGAUAAGAUUUCGCGAUAAUACGAUUAUUUGAAGGUGAGUGAAAUUUUGGUAUAAAUUUUUGUUGCGUUAAUUUUGUUGCUUAGUAUACAAGUCCACAACACGUAACGUGGCAUAUUGGUUUACAUCUUGAAGUAAGUCUAUGUAACUUCUACGCCAAAGCUUGUUUUUUAAGGUGAUGUAAACCUAAGCACACAAGUUUUGACGUAUGGUGUAGAAUUACAUAGGUUACUUAAGACAUAAAUUAUUAUGUAAUGUUAUAUGCUUACGGCACAAACGCGAUUAAAGCAUAUUCAUUUGCACGAUGUUUAGAUUUUACUGUGAAUUGAAACAUUACGGCUAGAAAGUCGUUCUUUUUUUCCAUUUUUUACUUUUCCUAUAUUUAGAAGAAAAUUUGUCGUAUAUGUAAUGUGCUCUUUUGCAUGAUUAUUGCAUAAUAAUCCAUUCAUGAAUGACAACACGAGAAUUAGUUUUCUACUUUGUCGUGCUGAUUUUUUAGAAAGUUUUCAGAAUUUGUUUUCUUUUUUCUUAGAAAAGUAGGUAAUAGUAUGUUAUGCAACAAGUGUAAGAAGUCUUGUUGCACAAUAUACUAUUUUAAAAUUACUUUUUAUAUUUUAUUUGUUUUUGUUUGAAGAUUGAUUUUUUUUAGUAAAAAAAAUAUAUUUUUUUAUAAUUUAUUAUUAAUAACAGAUCUUUCUAAUCUUUACAUUUAUCGAUAAUUCCAGAUCUCUUGGUGGACUAAAAGUAAAAAAUCAAACAUUUUAAUCAGAAUAUCCAUGGUUAUUAUCGGAAUUAAAAUUAUCUUUAACUUAAUUUUUUAAAUUUAAUUUUUUAUUUUAGUUUAUUAAUGUGGGUGUGUCUAUUUUUUCAAAGAAGUUUUAAUUCUAUUGUCACAAAUAGUUAUUUAUUGCGUUAAUGAAUUGUUUUCUUAGAUUUUAGAACUUUCAUAAUGUUUCUUUAUUUCUGAUUUUAAAUGAGAAAAAUAUUAUGUUCUAUAAGUUAUAACUUUUUUUUCAAAAAAAGUAUAGGUAAAAUAUUUACAAAGGUAAAAUAUGUAGUUUUUUUAUAUUGUUAUUAUUAUAUAUAAAAUAUUUAGGAUCAUUUUUUCAGAAAAAAUUGAAAAAUUCAGAAAAGAACAUAGAAAGAUCUAUAUGAAGAACAUAGCUAAAUAUGAGAACAUUGUUAAAAAUACAAUUUUAAACUGAAAUGAAUAGAAAAAUAGAAAUAAGGCAAAGAUUAUUUGAUAAAAUUUACAUAAUUAAAAAAUUAUGCAAUAAUUUUUUUUAAAGCGAUUUAAUAUAUCUUCAGAAUUAUCAGCAAUGUUUCUGUGAAUCAAUAAAAGAGCUAUUUGAACGAUUUUUUAUUAUUAUGUUGUGUUAAAAUAAAUUUUAAAAUUUCGAAAGGUUUAAAUCCUUCAAUUUUUUCCUCUUUGGCUAAGCUCAUGCUUGUAAGCAUCAUUAUUAAACUGAUUAUCAAUUUAAUAUUGCGAAAUUAUUAUUCUCAUUCAAUGUAGUAGAACUGUGUGCUUUAAGAUUGAAAAUUUAUUUGAUCGAAAGUUUGAUGACUAUAAAGAUGUAUAAAAUCACACAAGAAAUAUUGAACAGAUCUAGUUUCGACCGAAUAAGGCUUAUCUUUAAUUAGCUAUCUAGCUAACCAUAUCAAUCAAUAAUCUUUUAUAAUUAUUAGUUUUUCAUAUUUUUAGAGGUUGAAAACGUAAAAAAAACAGAAUACAAAUGAACUUUUUAAAUAAAUAGAUAAAAAGAUAAAAAAUAUUAAAUAAAAAAUAAAAAUACUUUAAAAAAAUAUUUAUUUAUGGUUUCCUAAAAAAUUCCUAAAAACUUUCUGAAAAAUUAGCGCGACAAUAGAAUCCCCUUAAAUAAAAUGCUGAACAAAAUAUAAUAUUUUCAACCUAAAAAAAUCCAAUAUAGAAAAUAUUUGAAAGAUAUGUUUCGUAAAUUAAGUGGGGGCACAGAGAUGUGAUUCAACACACUGAAAAAAUUUAUAUAUUUAACCUAAAUAUAGAAAUAAAAUACUUGAACUGAAAAAAAUCAAUUAAAGUUAAAAAAUUUAACAGUAAGAUAAACUUAUAGUCGCCAGUAAUAAUGAACGAUAAAUUAAUGUUAAUUAGUCGAUAUUCUAGCAAGUUCCGUUUAUUAUAAAAAUCCGAGAAAUAGAUUAAUAGUACUAUUGCAAAGAGUACUAUUAAUCUAUUUCUCGGAUUUUACAUCUUGACUUUAAAUUUGAUAUGUCAAAUACAAAAUAUUGUAACAAAUUGAUAUGUUUCAUUUCUUCUUGAAUGCUUUGUUGUAAUUCUUUUAUUAUAUUUGGAUGUUUUGAUAGAAGAUGUAUCUCGAAAUUACAUACUUGUUUUCCUUUGAAAAGUUUAUUACAAACAUUGCACUUCGCAAAAGAUUCGUUUUUUGAGUGUGAAAUAUUGCCAUACUAAAUUAUUGGAACUUGCUGCCAAACCUUGAUUGUUUGUUAUUUGCAAACUGGAUUCUGGUUGUUGAUCAUUAGUGUUUUCUUUGUCAUUUUCUUUAUCCAUUUUAACUCCUAUAUCAUGAUGAACAAUCAAGUGUUCUUUUAAGUAAUUUGUUCCGAGAAAUAGAUUAAUAGUACUAUUGCAAAGAAUACAUCUUGUCCUUAAAUUUGAUAUGUCAAAUACAAUAUGUACUCUUCAUAAGUCAAGAUGUACUCAAGAUGUAUUCUUUGCAAUAGUACUAUUAAUCUAUUUCUCGGAACAAUCUAUUUCUUAGGUUUUUAUAGUAAACGGAGUUUGCCAAAAUGUCGACUAAUUAACAUUCAUUUAUCGUUAAAAAAUUAAAGUUAAAUUAACAACUUUUUUCAGUAUUUUAUGAAUAUGAGAUACGAAACGUGACUUGAUGUGUAUUCGUUAAAUAACGUCUUUUCGAAAUAUCGGCUCUGCGAGAAAAGACGAUGGCACAGAAAAAUUGAUAGAAUUCAUAUAAAUAAAGAAAGAAAAAAUAAAUUUGUAUAUAAAUUAAGCUAUAAGAAAGAGAGAGGAAAGGAGAGAAUUAUAUGUUUUUCCUCCGCACAUUCUUUUAGUUCUAGUCAGUUUAAGUUUCAGCACGUAUGCUACCAAACUACAGCGCUGACUUUUUGCAGGAGGCGGAAGACAAUCAGAUUAAUUACGAUUCGCAUCGCGUCUCGAUUAUUUUCUUUUCUUUUUUAUGCAGGAAUCAGUCUCAUUCCAUUUUGAUAAGAAGUUCUCUGAUGAGAGACACGGAAUAGCACAUUUUUUAUUUUUAAAAUUACUAUUAAAAUUGUAAAUAUUUUAUGUAAAUAAAAUUAUUGUUAUAUAGUUAUUAAUUCUCCGCCUGAAUACGAUGUUUUAAUACUUAUAAUCUAAAUACGUGGAUCUCUUAGGUUCAAUACUAUUUUCUCUAUUUUAACAUAUUUUUAAAAAUCUAAAAAAAA